AUGGGUCUACCUCAACUAGAAACAUGCUGUUUCGUAUUUGACUUGAAAACAGGGAACACGAUCAUGGGUUGCUUGAACGCGGUUAUGUCCUUGACGAUAUUCAUCAUAAUGGCAGUUGUAGCUGCCACUCUUGAGCCAAUACAGGAAGCGGCGUUUGAAGAAAAGGAUUUAGAGAAAGAGGCAGCUAUGACUGGACUUUACGUGAUGUCUAUACUGUUGGUUGUGAUGUUCUUCGCUAAAUUCUGCUUCGAUGUAGUUUUUGUAUACGGCGUUGUGACGGAACGCGCCGGUAUAGUGCGGACGUAUUUUUUCAUGUGGGCAGUCUUCUUCUUCCUGUCGUUAUUCACGUUCUUCGUCAACGUGACCCAUUACAACGCCGGCACUAUCUGCGUAGAGGUGUUUUAUAUUUGUCUCAACGUUUACGCAAUUCUCCUGAGUAACAGUUUCUACAAGCAGUUGAACAGCCGAGAAGUUGUUUAA